AUCUCUUGCCGUGCACAACAUGAAUUUUAUAAUAUUUGCGACCGCUUUAGUUUGCCUCUGGGCAUCAGCUUCUCAUGCCGAUCCACUGAUAGUAAAUCUGGCAAAUGGCAAACUACGUGGUCGCGAUAACGGUGGCUUCUACAGCUUCGAAUCUAUACCAUAUGCUGAGCCACCACUGGGAGAACUGCGAUUUGAGGCACCUCAGCCAUAUAAUCGGCAGUGGAAUGAGAUCUUCAAUGCCACCAAUCCUCCUGUACUGUGCAUUCAAUGGGAUCAGUUUAUUGAUCAGCCCGACAAGCUGGCAGGUAGCGAGGACUGUCUCACUGUGAGUGUGUAUAAACCAAAGGACGCCAAUCGCCAGAGUUUUCCGGUUAUCGUACAUAUACAUGGCGGAGCAUUCAUGUUUGGUGGAGCAUCUCAGCAUGGACACGAGACACUAAUGGCGAGCGGAAAAGCGAUUGUUGUGAAGAUCAGCUAUCGGUUGGGUCCAAUUGGCUUCUUGAGCACUGGCGACUUAGAGUUAACUGGAAACUAUGGACUUAAGGAUCAACGCUUGGCGCUUCAAUGGAUUAAACAGAAUAUUGGACAUUUUGGCGGUGAGCCCGAGAAUAUACUCGUGAUUGGUCAUUCCGCUGGUGGUGCUUCGGUUCAUAUACAACUUCUCCAAGAGAACUUCAAGCAGCUGGCAAAGGUGGCAGUAUCGCUUAGUGGAAAUGCUUUAGAUCCGUGGGUUGUUCAAAAGGGUGCUUCUCGCAGAGCCUUCGAGUUGGGACGAAUUGUUGGUUGCGAAGCUACUAAAGACUCCAAGCAACUGAAGACUUGUUUGAGAACCAUCGAUGCAGCGAAACUAGUUCGAGCUGUGCGCCAGUUUUUGAUAUUUGACUACGUUCCAUUCACACCUUUUGGUCCAGUAGUGGAAGCUGCAGGUGCUCCCGAUGCCAUUCUCACUGAGCAUCCCAGUGAGAUCAUCAAAAGUGGAAAAUUCUCAUAAGUUCCUUGGCUGACAUCCUACACAACGGAAGACGGAGGUUAUAACGCAGCACUACUACUGGCGAAGCAAUCCAAUGGAGUGGAAGCCAUUGAUGAAUUGAACUCACGCUGGUACGAUCUUGCUCCAUAUUUCCUAUUCUAUCGUGACUCCUUUAAGACGAUUAACGAAAUGGACAAUUAUUCUCGCGAUCUGAGACAACAGUAUCUGGGUAAUCGUAACUUCAGUGUGGAUAAUUAUUUGGACCUGCAGCGUUUGUUUACGGAUGUGCUCUUCAAGAACGCUACUCAAAGUGCAAUUGAGCUACAUCGCCAAUAUGGGAAGAGUCCAGUCUAUGCAUUUGCCUAUGAAAUUCCCGCUGAUAAGGCAAUUGGACAAUGGUUGGCAAAGCGCAAUGACAUUUUUCUAGGCUCUGUUCACGGAGACGAUUACUUCUUGAUCUUUGAUAGUCCGAUUCGUCAACCUAUUCGCCCCGAUGAGAAACUUGUUUCAAAGCACUUAAUUAAAAUGCUGGAGGAAUUUGUACAAGCCGGCACAAUGACGUAUGACAAUUGCGUGUUUCGCGAUAAUGUAGGCCAAAAAGAAUUUCAAUUAGUGUCCAUCAAGCGGGACAAGUGUGUUCAUUUAGAAGUUGAGCAAUUCGCAUUGCUUUGCUUCUGGGCAACAACUGCUGUUCAUGCCGAUCCACUGAUAAUAAAUCUUCCAAAUGGCAAACUACUCGGACGCGAUAAUGGUGGCUUCUACAGCUACGAAUCUAUACCAUAUGCUGAGCCCCCACUGGGAGAACUUAGAUUUGAGGCACCUCAGCCAUACAAUCGGCAGUGGAAUGAGAUCUUCAAUGCCACCGAAGCUCCAGUUCUCUGCAUGCAGUGGAAUCAAAUCAUAGAAGAAGACGAUAAACUGGCUGGAAGCGAGGAUUGUCUCGUAGUCAGCAUCUAUAGACCGAAAAACCCAAGACGAGGAUUUGAGUCAGGAAUAACAUGGGAGCCACUGAAGGAUCAACGCCUGGCGCUUCAAUGGAUCAAGCAGAAUAUAGCUCAAUUUGGUGGCAUUGAAAUUAUUGAUGAAUUAAAUCGCCGCUGGAAUGAUCUUGCGCCACAUUUCCUAUUCUACCGUGACUCUUUUAAGACUAUCAAUGAAAUGGAUAUUUACUCACAAAACAUGAGACAACAGUAUCUGGGUAAUCGUAACUUUAGUGUGGAGAAUUACUUAGAUGUGCAGCGCAUCUUUACAGACGAACUUUUUAAGAACGACACUCAACUUGCAAUCGAUAUGCAUCGUAAAUAUGGAAAGAGUCCAGUCUACGGCUUUAUCUACGAUAAUCCCGCAGACACUGGAGUUGGUCAAUGGCUGGCAAAACGCAAUGAUACUUUUCUAGGCACUUUACAUGGUGACGAUUACUUUUUGAUAUUUGGAAAUCGAAUUCGACAGCCUCGCCUCGAUGAGGAUGUAAUAUCAAGGAAUCUAAUUAAGAUGCUAGAAAAUUUUGCUCAGACUGGUAAUUUGAUAUACGACAAAUGUGUGUUUCAAGAUAAUUCGCUUUCGAAAGUUGUCAACGCUCUGAUCAUGGAUUGGUCAAGCCUCCUUCUAUUGUUGUGGAUUACUCUGGUAGCCUCAGAUCCUGUAGCUGAUCCCUUAUUGGUGCAGCUGCCCAAUGGUCAAGUACGAGGACGGGACAAUGGAGCUUACUACAGCUACGAAGGGAUUCCAUACGCGGAACCUCCACUGGGAGAGCUCCGAUUUGAGUCACCUCAGCCCUAUAACCGCAAAUGGAAAGAAGAUUUCAACGCUACUAAAACCCCUGUCUUUUGCAUUCAGUGGAGUCAUUUCGUUCAAGAGUCCGACAAAUUGUUAGGCAGUGAGGACUGCUUGACUAUCAGUGUGUACAAACCGAAGAAUGCAACACGCAAAGUCUUUCCAGUUGUAAUUGAGAUACACGGUGGCGCCUUCACUUUCACAGUAUCGAGUGAGAAGAGUCACGUGAAUAUGAUGGCCAACGGAAGAGUGAUUUUGGUAAGGUUUAACUAUCGAGUAGGACCGAUGGGAUUUGCUAGCACCGGGGACAAUGUUCUGCCCGGUAACUACGGCUUGAAGGAUCAGCGUUUGGCAAUACAAUGGAUCAAAAAGAACAUCAAUUGCUUUGGUGGUGAUCCAGAGCAAAUGAUCGUAGUCGGUCUCGCUGCAGGCGGUGCCGCUGCCCAUUUGCAUCUGUUGCAGGAGAGCUUCAAGAGUGUGGCAAGAGGAGUCAUCUCAAUCAGUGGAAAUGCUCUGGAUCCCUGGGUAAUGCAGCAAGGCAUACAAAGUCGUACCUUAGAACUCGGUCGCACAUUGGGAUGCGGUUUAGCAAAAAGCUCUGUGGAGCUAAAGAAGUGCCUUAAAUCAAAGGAAGCAACGCAAGUAGUCAGAGCUGUGCACCAGCUCAUGGUCUUCGGGUUUGUGCCCUUCACUCCUUUCAGUCCGGUGAUUGAGCCCGCCGAUGUGCCAGAUGCCUUCCUAACCCAACACCCCAUCGACAUCAUCAGAAGUGGAAAGUUCUCCCAAAUACCUUGGACUGUAUCGUAUACCAGGGAGAAUGGAAUCUACAAUGCCGCCGAGCUAUUGAAGAGGCAAUGCGAUGGCACCGAGAUGAUCUACGAACUCAACAGUCGUUGGCUUGACCUGGCACCCGAAUUAUUGUUCUAUCGACAUGGCAAUCUGACAAUCGAGCAAAUGGACAAGCGUUCCCGAGAUCUUAGGGAACAGUAUUUGGGCAAUAAGAACUUCAGUGUGGAGAACUACUCAGAUGUGGAGCGCAUGUUCACCGAUAUUCUCUUCAAGAGUGGUACCGAAAAUGCAAUCGCUCUGCAUCGUCAAUAUGGAACGAGUCCCGUCUACGGCUAUGUCUACGAUAAUCCUUCGGAUUCUUCAUUUGGCAUAUGGCUUUCGAAUCGCACCGAUAUUACUUUUGGUACGGGCAUCGCAGACGACUAUUUCCUAAUGUUUGAGCAUCCUCUUCGAUCUACGCUACGCAAAGAUGAGAAGCGUAUCUCCAGUAAUCUUGUCAAAAUGGUGGAAGACUUUGUAGAAAGCGAGAACAACACUCUCGUCUAUGACUCAUGUUCAUUUCCAAGCAGCAUGAAUAAGAAAAGGUUCCAAAUGAUGUCCAUUAGGCGCGACUGCUGUAAUUUAGAGAAAGUUCAAUCUGAUUGAGUUAAGAGAUUCCGAACUUACGCGAGUAUAACAUAACGUCAAUGUCAGUAACGAAAAAACACAUUUUGUAUUUUAAAUAAAUGAAUACUGAUAAUUAGCAGUAAUUAUCAGUGAUAGUAUGUA